AUGCCAGAAAAGGUUCGCACCGUGUUCGCGGAGUCGGAUGAUGAGAGGAUUUUAAAGCAAACCCUUUCAUCUCAACCCACAGAAGGACCCGAGCGAAAGAAGAAGAGAAACAAGAAGCGCAAGCUCGAUGAGCCCGAAGCCUCCAACCCCGCCGAUCAAGAUGAACCGAGGGAAAUCCCUGCAUCUGCCAAGGAGGUAGAAAGAUCAGUCUCUGUUCCAAAAAAAUGGCCGCAUGCAGCAUCUCAAACAAACGGCCCAUCAACAACAAAAUUCCACCCGAAGUCGAAGUCCAAACCUUUCACCGAUACCAAAACCAACUUCACUCCUUUAAGAGAAAAGGCCAAAGCCCUCCUCGAGACACGGCGAAAGCUCCCCGUAUUCGAAAAUGCUGAUUUGAUUCGCGAUCUGCUACGGGAACAAGAUGUGAUGCUGUUGGUCGGUGAGACGGGUAGCGGAAAGAGUACGCAGAUCCCGCAGUUCUUGGUAGACGAAUUCUGGUGUCGGCCCGUACCUACGCAAAUCACGCGGGAUGGGAAGACGGAAAAGAAAAUGGUCGGAGGAUGCAUCGCUAUCACGCAGCCGAGACGAGUCGCUGCCAUUUCGCUGGCCCGCCGUGUAGCCGAGGAGAUGGGUACACCGCUUGGAUCGCACUCGCCUGCCAGCAAAGUCGGCUACUCUGUGCGAUUUGAUACGUCGACAUCGCCUAGUACACGGAUCAAGUUCUUGACUGAGGGAAUGCUGCUCCAGGAGAUGUUGCACGAUCCCAACUUGACUAAGUACAGCGCUAUUGUGGUUGAUGAGGUCCACGAACGAGGCAUCAACGUGGAUCUGACACUUGGAUUCCUGCGUAAUCUUGUAUCUGGAAAGAAGGAGGGCCGAGGUGGUGUGCCGCUGAAGGUGGUUGUCAUGAGUGCUACGGCUGAUAUGGAGAGUUUGACAGACUUCUUCCAACAAGGAUUCAAAAGACCGGAGCCAGAACAGAAGGCUAUUGAGGGAGUCGAGGCUGAAGCCGACAAAAUGGAUACUUCGAGUCCAAAGGAUAUCUCUGUCUGCCGUAUUAAGGGUCGACAAUUUGCGGUCAAAACUAUCUACUCCCCCGCGCCAGUACAUGACUUCGUGGAUGCAGCGCUGAAAAUCAUCUUUCAGAUUCAUCAGAAGGAACCAAUGCCGGGUGAUAUCCUUGUCUUCCUGACUGGCCAGGAAACCGUCGAGGCAUUGGAACACCUAGUGAAUGAGUACGCCAUGGGUAUGGACCCAUCACUUCCUAAGAUCCUGGUUCUACCUCUGUUCGCCGCGCUGCCACAGGCUGCUCAACAACGGGUCUUUGCCCCUGCUCCACCACGAACGCGCAAAGUUGUGCUAUCUACCAAUAUUGCUGAGACUUCUGUCACUGUGUCUGGUGUACGGCACGUGAUUGACUGCGGCAAGGCCAAAGUCAAGCAGUUCCGAACUCGUCUUGGUCUUGACUCGCUCCUAGUAAAGCCUAUCUCUAAAUCAGCUGCAAUCCAGCGGAAGGGUCGAGCUGGUCGUGAGGCUCCUGGUCAAUGUUUCCGCUUGUACACAGAGAAAGACUAUCUGGCCUUGGAUGAGACAAACACGCCCGAGAUUCUGCGCUGUGAUCUGAGCCAAGCCCUACUGAACAUGAAGGCUCGUGGCGUUGAUGACAUUGUUGGGUUCCCAUUCCUGACGCGGCCACCACGCGAAGCACUCGAGAAAGCUCUUCUGCAGCUAUUGAACAUUAAUGCGCUUGAAGACGAUGGAAAGAUCAGCGCCGUCGGCCUACAUAUUGCCAAGCUACCAUUGACUCCAACUCUAGGACGUGUACUGUUGGCAGCUGGCGAAAAUGGGCCUGAAUGUUUGCUAGAUGUUAUUGAUAUUAUUUCAUGUCUCAGUGUGGAGAACAUCUUUUUGAACACCACCUCGGAAGAAAAGAAGGAGGCAGCAGAAGCAGCCCGUCGUGAUCUAUACCGGCGCGAGGGUGACCACCUCACAAUGCUGACGACCGUUCGUGUGUAUGCCGCUGAACACGCCGACCGUAAAGCAUGGGCAGAGCGACACCUGGUAUCCCACCGGGCGAUGCAAUCAGUCAUGGACGUCCGCAAGCAACUCCGCACCCAGUGCCGACAAGCCAAGCUGCUCACCAACGAAGCCCUGAACAAUACCUCACUACACGACCCCUCGCCCAUCCUCAUUCUCCAGAGCUUCCUAGCUGGAUUCGCGACCAAUACGGCUCGUCUCGUGCCCGAUGGCAGUUAUCGUACGAUCGUUGGAAACCAAACCGUCGCCAUUCACCCGUCUAGUGUGCUUUACGGCAAAAAGCUCGAGGCAAUCAUGUACAACGAAUUCGUAUUCACCAACCGUAGUUACGCGCGUGGUGUCAGUGCUGUGCAGAUGGAUUGGGUCGGAGAGGCCUUAGCUGGGAAGGAUUGA